AUGCUGCAGACGACCACCAACCAACUCUUCUCUAGUGCAGCGGCAGACCUCAUUCUCCGGACCAGCGAUUGUGUGGACUUCCAUGUCUUUUCCGCAAUCCUCGCAGAGGCAUCCCCAUUCUUCGCCGACCUGCUCUCACUGCCCCAGCCCACAUCCACCACUGCCCAGCCAUCGACAUUACUGCCUAUUCGAACACCGUUGUCUCAUGUCAUCGAUGUGACUGAGAUGGCAGAUGUACUAGAGCCUCUGCUUGGGUUUGUCUACCCACGGCCUGAUCCACCAAUUGACAAGCUAGAGAACCUCCGUCCCGUUAUCGCAGCCGCCUUCAAGUACGACUGUACGGCCGCCAUCACAAGCCUGCGCCGCCUUCUUGUGUCUCCUCAAUUCCUUGAAAAGGAACCCACACGUGUGUAUGCCAUUGCGUGCAUGCACGAACUGCAGGAGGAAGCUAAGCUGGCAUCUCUGCACACGCUCAAGCUUGAUUUAUUGGCUGGACCCCUGCCGGCGGAGCUCAAGUACAUCAGCGCGUUCGACUAUCACCGGCUACUGCAGUUGCACAAAGAGAGGAGGGAAAGGGCGUGUGAGCUGUUGGUGAGGCCGGAGGAGGUCAGGUGUGCGAAUUGCACAGCGGUGCAGUUUGGAAAGCCAUGUAUUCCCAAGUGGUGGGAUGACUUCGAGACGAGGGCAAAGGAGGAACUGAGGAAACAUCCUGUGUCUGACACUAUAUUUUCUCUUCAAUUCCUCUCGCAGUCCGCAACGGCAGGUUGUCCACGUUGUGGCACCAGCCUCCUUGCCUCACACGACGCUCUCACUAAGCUCAAGGCAUCUAUCGACUCCCUUCCUUCUACUGUUUGA